CUUGUUUUUACCCCACGAUGGAUCAACUUCAAAGGUUCGAUCUUCAACAUAUCUUCAAGAAAUGGAACCUUCUAGCCUUUGUGUUUCUUAUGUGUUCUCAUCCUGUGGCCUUGGUCCCUGUGAAUGUGGCGCUCAACAAGAAAGUGACUGCGUUCUAUACGUGCGGUGUUUUCGGUAGGGAGGCCUACACCACUGUUACCGAUGCCUAUGGUUCUGUCUCAACAAGACCCAGUAGAAGCUGCGUGGACUUGCGCGCAAGCAACCAGUCACUGGCGGCAAAGCCCACUUAUCCACCCGAGGCCAUGGUGGAUGGGUCAGUGGAUACUUGGUGGCAGAGUACCUCGCGUUCUCGUACUUAUUACUAUGGCAAGGAUCUGGCUGUUGAGGUUACCAAAGAAUUGGAAGCAAUGAUAGAUUUUGAUUUACUUCAGGUAAGUUAUAGUUUGGACCAUUAUUUAAUGUUGCAUGUUCCUACUAUUUGCUUUAGUAUAUUUCUACUCCUCAAUGUCAUUCAUAAGAAAAAUUAAUAUAAAGCAUAUUUUUAAUGCCACUUUAAUUCUAUUGAGCAACCGUAUUUUGACUUUCAUUUGUUUUACUACAAUCUAGAACACACUUGGGUCAACAUAAUUUCAAUUUCAAACCCUGGAUGUAAUUAUAGUCUAUUUAUAGUUGCAUAGAUAAUUCAUUAUUACAAAAGUAAAACAUUUCAAUAUCUUUGUGUUAACACUGCUACUAAACCAAUAAUACUAAAUCACCAAUACUAAAAACCAAUACGAGAACAAAAAAUUGUCAUUUUAAAAGGCAACAAAAAGCAUCAGGUUAUCCUACACAUUUUUUUGUUCACUUGGGCAAUUAGUUAAGUCUUAUUACAAAGCUGGUGAUGUCUGCAGGAAUACUAAAACUCCAAUAAUAAAUCACCGAUACUAAAAUACCAAUACUAACUCACCAAUACUUAUUCACCAAUAAUGAAACACCAAUAGUAAAUCACAUAAUGAGUUUGAAGAUGUUUCAACCAGUGCAUUACAGUGUUGCUUAUUAUUUGAUUGCUAAUCGUACCUUUCAAAUUUCCCUACAUUCAUGAUCAUAUAUUUGUUAAGCUUAAUUUUUUAUUUAAAGUGUCAGAUCCAGAAAUAAAAUAAUGACAUUAAAACACAAAAAACUAACCUGAUGUCCCAUUUUAAUUUCAGUAAGGUUAUGAAAUUCCAUUAAUCAAAAGAUAAAAUUUCUUUUUUUUUUAAAUUUGUAAUUUUAAAUGCAACUAAAAGCAUAUGUGAUCCUACUUGGGCAAUUAGGUAAGUCUUAUUACAAAGCUGGUGAUGUCUGUGGUUGAUGUUUACCUUCUGCAGGAAUUCUUGGUAGAGAGUAUCAAAAUCCAGCUGGGUGAUGCCCUGACUCCACAAAAAGCUUCCAUCUUAAAGUCACUGGACGGAAAAACAUUUACCCCGUGGAUAUUUGCAGUUUCAAAUAGUGACUGGUGUGAGUCUUUCUUUUCAUCUACAUACAAAACUGUACCAGAGACCACAACAGACACAAUAUGUGUCACUUACGAAGCAGAUGAUAAGCCGCCUGGGGAUGGAGUAAGCAUUCUUGAAUACUUGAAUGUAAAAUAGUUGCAUAAUAUCUUAGGGUUUUAAUAAGUAAUUGUCAGCUGGUUGCUUUUUUCAUCAACGAAAUUUGCAACUGGUGGGCUAAAUUAAAUUUAAAAUAUAGUUAAAUUAUAUGACUCUUUUUAUGUCAAAAUGUAUAUGUUGAAUGACAUGAAUUAUAAAAUUAUCUCUUUUAAAAUUGGAUUUUUGGAAGCAUAGUUUAUUAUUUUUAAACAAUAUACCCGUAUCUAUUAAUAAUUUAGUGAUUGCUAAAAUUUUGUAUGCAUUUAUAUGUAUUCUAGUAAUGCUGCCACUGCUGGGUUUACAGACUGACUUUCAAUUUACUUUAAAUUUAAUUGAAACAAUCCUUGUUAAAUAUUGUCUUAUGUGAAUUUGAAUUUUUAUAUAUUGUCUUAUGUGAAUUUUUUUGCAUACUGUGUAUAAUCUGUUUUUGGUUAUUUAUAUUUCAGAUUAAUUUAGGUUUAAGCCAAGUACCAGAUGCACUAAAGGUUUGUUAAAUAUUUUUUUACAGAAACUGAGUUUUGAUUAGUUUUUUGUAGAAACCUUUGCUCACAUUGAACUAUUGGUCUACCUCAUUCCAUUGAUUUAACUCUAAACUUAAAAUAAACAUAAUAAUGUCAUAUAAUAAUAUAUUGUUUUUUUGUUUGCGUGAUGUCAUUGAUGUAAUUGAGGGAAACUCCACCUGUAGUGUUUAACUGUUUUCUGUAUGGGUUCACUCAAAAGCAAUUAAAACCUUCUACUAUUCUUAUAUUUCAUGGGCAAAUACUUUUGUCUGAAGGCUUAUCCUGCUGGAGUUACUUAAAGACUGAGAGCUUAGAGAUCCUUUCGGAGAUCAAUAAAGAAUACACACCAAAGAAAAAUUGGAAGAGAUUUGUUCAGUGAACUGGAAAACAAACAAAACCACUAACAUCGACAUUUGUAUAUUCAAUUUUAAAACACAUAUUUUUAAGAAUUUGAAAUUAAUAUUUAAAUACAUUAUUUGACCAUAUCUUUUAAUGAAAAUAUUUUGGACAUUACAGGAAUGGACACGGGCUAGAUAUGUAAAAGUCAAGUUUUACGACAUGAUGUUUGUUUACCCUUUUAACUCUCUGGCAGACAGUUAUGUAAGUAGAAAUAGCUUUUUAUUGAACUAUUCUUUUCAAGCAUUGGUUUACGUAACAGUUCUAACAAACUAACUUUAAAAUAGUUUAAAAUAACAACACACUUCCAUUACUCUUUUUUUAUUAAGUGUAAAAAUUAAAAUUGGUAAUCAUUAAAAACUGAAUACCAAGUUGUACCAGAUGUUUAUAAUGAGCUUUGAAUAUAAGCAGCCAUUUUGUAAUGCUAUGUGUUUUUGCAUUUUGCCAUCAUGAAAUCAAUAUUUGAGCACUGGGGCAUAUAUUUGUGUUAGGUCUUAUAUUUCAACAUAACUUAUGAUAUCAGUGGAUCAAUUCAUGCGCAGUAGUAAUAUGAGUUAUGUGGCAAUCAAUAAAAUGUUCGAAUGAAUCAGCUUUUCUGUAUCAAACAAAUUAUAGUACUUGUAAAAUAUUUCAUAUGUACUUUUGUAUAUUUUUUUUAAUUAAAAUUUAUUUAAAAAGGUUAUAUUUAUUGAAUAUCCAAUGACAUAAUUACAUAAUUAACUCAUUUUCAGGCUUAUUAGUCAAUACAAUUUUAAGCUGUUCACUGGACGUAGUUGUCAAUGAUUGCAAUAAACAACUUAAUUAACCCCAUUUGUGUGGUCAAAGACAACUGCAAAAUGUAUUUUAAUGCUCUUGUUAUUUCAUAAUUCUUACUUGGUAAAAAAAAAAACCUUUCCCCCCCCCCCCCCCCCCCAAAGAACCACUACUCUGUGUCUGAACUGACAAUACUGGCCGAGUGCCCUUGCAACGGUCAACAAAGUGCUUGUAAUAUCAGCUCAACUUCAGGAAUGUAUGAGUGCGUCUGUGGGGGUAACACCAGAGGAAGGUUCUGUGAAUCUUGUCUUCCUCUGUUUAACCAGCUUCCCUUUGAGUAUGGAAAGCCUUGUGUGGGUAAAUAUAAUUUCUUCCUUGAAAGUUAAAUGUGAUUAUCUCCCUUCUAAUCAUAAGUAUUGACUUUAAACCCACAAAACAUUAAAAAUAUUUAUAAUUAACUGCUUAAAAUAUAUAUUUUAUUUAUUUCUAAAUUAAUUCUUCUUUAUCAACAAUCACUUAAGUAUUGAGAUUAUAAACUAGCCAUAUAAUAAUUUUUUAGCAUUCCUGUAUAUAUAAAAUAAAGGCUGCUGAAUAACGAAAAUGCUUUUGACAAAGGAGGUUUUUUUUAAAAACUUGACAGAGGAAAAAUUUCUAUUGAUGCUAUUAAGGAGUUAGUGAAAUCGUCCCCUAAGCCAUUUGUUUUUCUCCAGAAUGUAACUGCUUUGGUCAUGCCACUGUAUGCUUCUACAAAGAAUCUGUCGCCCUUGAGAAACAGUCUCUUGACAAGCAGGGCAACAGAACUGGGGGUGGUGUCUGCUCUGACUGCCAAAAUAACACAGCAGGUAAUUCACAGCUGUUAAACACUUUAAAAAAAGAGUUUUUGUUUUAUAAAAUGAACAACUCCUGAGAUUUUGAAUCCGUCUGGCUAAGGAACAGUGAAAACAUUAUUAUCUAGCUAUUCAUGGUUAAAGCUUGCUUAACAUAGAGAAUAGAAAUCAGACUUAAUAGAAUACCAUUCAAAUGGUUAAUUUAUUUAUUAUAGAAUAAUUCAAAUGAUUUGGGGGGGGGGGGGGCGACCAUAAAUUAAACCUUGUCUUACAUCAACACAGACAAAUGUUCUUUUAGGCACCUUCCUGUGGUUUGAGGGUUAAGGAAUAAAUUAUGCAAGAAUCAUAGUUGCCUUGUUUAAAAACAGACUGAAAAAAAAAAUGGAAGCCAGAUACUUGGAGCUACCAUCAAAAAGAAAGCUUUGUUAUCUUGAUUCAUUAUUGUAACAAGCAUCUUCCAGAAUUCCUUAAUUACCUGCACCAACAUGACCCAUUUGUGUAGUCACUUGGGAUUAAAUGAGUUUAAAGUAGAAUUUGAUUUCUUUUGGUCCAUUUCAAUUUUAGUAAAUUUUAUUGUUUCAGGUGUAAAUUGUGAAAAGUGUGUGGACC